CAUGGCACUCCCGUACCGAAGCAGCACAGCAGACCAAGCUCCGCAGCUUGUCGAAACCUCGAUGGCCGUCAGUUUCACCGGAGGCUCUAUUGCCCUUGCUAAUUGGGGAUUCUCGAUUGGGGAUAUUGCUGUUCUUGCCGGCGCUGGCAGAAAAGCAGGGAAUUGGGUGUAUGCUCAAUUUAAAGACUCAAACUUGAUCGAUUGGAUGGGUGUUGAUGAGGAUGCGGUGCUACCGAGAAAAGGAUUAUGCGAUACGAGCGAACUUCACAACCGAUGGGACACGAAGCUGGUGCUGAUCCAAAAUGGACAAAAGACGUCGAUAUCAUCAAGAGAAGGAACAAAGAUGCCAGUGAUUGAUAGCAUGGGUCGUUUCACAUGGAUUAUGACGCUUGUAACGGCAGCUUUGAAUGCUGCUAUGCAGAAAUCCACGAUGCAUGCCACCAUGUCCAAGUUGCUGCUGAAGAUAUUCGAAGAAAGUGAACACGGACAAGAAUUUUUGAGGAGGGAAGCGGCAGAGCAUAUACAUGGGUGGCUGUCAGCAGCGUGCGUGAGAAUGAUAGCGGACAAAGCGUUAAGAGAGUGGGCGAGGUUGGAAAAGUCGGAACAGCAUCAACCUGGAUUUAUACCGGAGGCUGAGAUAAUGGGCAUUCAUCAUUUCCUCGUGUGGCUUCUGGCCGGUGAGAAACAUGACAAGAUCUACCCAACCCCUUCAACCGACAUCUUUUGCCUUGCUAUAAUUCUCGAAGAUCUCGGCUUGAAGAUUAGAACUACUCUCCACGAGCAUGAAGUCAGCGGCGAAGGCGAAGUAAUUAUUCCCACCAUUGUGUGGUCUAACAAACUUGCACCGACUGCCUUUGUACGAGCGCACCCCAAAUUUCGGCCUGGAAUGAGGAUACCCUUACAAUAUAUGGAAGAAGUUACAUCUCUAUCCUCGAGAAAUGGAUCCAGAAACAAGCUGCGAAAAAUGUUCGAGUGGGGUAUGGAGGCAGUUCAGAAGGACGGCAUUGUUUUGAAACCUGCAGCAUUUCAAGAAAAUCUCCCGAGGGUGAAGGGGUCGCCGUUCUUAGAAUCCGAGCAAGAUCUAUACUAUCACAUUCAGACCAACUCGCGCGACAAGAUACCACGUAUGACCGGCGAUACGAACCGAUUCGCUGAUUGGUUGCUUGCUAUAGAGUCCCCAGCUGCUUGCAGCCGGUUGGUGGCGAUUAUAACAGAGCUGGAGCAGUCCAAGGAUGAAGAACACAACAUCCAUACGCUUGCCUUUUCUUUAGAUAAUCAAGAACAAAACAGCCGUUCAUUCGGCCUCCAGGACGAUUACGAUUUUGGGGAUGCACUGAACUAUCUCCAAGCAUUUUUCUUGGGCUAUUGGUACCAACUUUUUCGCCCAUUAUUGGAAACUUCCCAGCUUGAAAUUCAAGAAGGGUUCGGAUCUUGGAGUUGGUCAGAUAUCAAGUGCUUGGAUUUCAUCCGCGAGAUAGUACACACACGCAUGCAUCAGCGUACUAAAACCGGCAAACGAUGGUUCAUGUAUCGACAUGAGGUUAUGAAACUGGGCGCCUAUCUUUUUGGGGGUGCAGAAAUUGAACAGAUUCGUCGCGCAACAUACGGAGCUGUUGGAAUCAUCGGAAAGAUUCCCUUUCUCUACUCGAGUCUUGUGCGCGGACGGCCUGAAAAUUUUGGACAUUUCAGCCUGAUGGACAUUGAUUCUUCCUGCAUUCCCAGCAGCGACAACGGUAUUGUGCUACCGGGACAUGCUAAAGUCGCUCGAUUUCUGAAAUCACACGAAGUCUCGAAUCACGACGCGAUGAUUUUACCACAAGCGAUUGAAGAUGUUAGCAUCGAAGAAUUAAUAGACAAUCAAGCUGAAGAAGAGGAUCUUACAUUGCAUAUCGAACCGGACUGGAACAAUGAUUCACAGACCUGCCUCGUAGUCUACAGACACAAAGGGAGGGUUGUAACGCGAGCAAGCCCCCAACAAAUCGACCUUGCAAUGGCGCGACACUUCUACGACAAGGAUGCAGAACGCACCAUUCCGGAGCAAACAGCUGAUAACAGUCCACCAUACAAACCUCCGCUGAACUGUGGGAUACUGAAUCUGGUUUGCCUGCAAGGCGGGAAUCCCAUCGAGCCAGAGGAGCAAUUGGUAGAUACAGUUGAUCAUGCUCCAGCGUACGCAUACAACCCUCUUGUUUUGUCGACUGCAGGUAUGAUCAAUGCUUUAUUAUGCAUUGCAUGUUUGUACGAGGGCUGGGAGACUCAAAGGCGAGUCGAAGUGGUUUCGACGCAAAAAGAGUUCAAUGAAGCUGUGAAUCGCUUUGCAAAGGUUAUCGUUGUAUCUUCUGUAUCGGCUGUAGACAAUACAUCGUAAAUGAUUGAAAAAUCGAUACUCGAUGGGAUUCUUCGUUUAGUUAGAACUAGAGCUUCUAUAGUUUCAUAAACUGCUAUAAGUUUUUCCAUGCGUCUUGUCUUGUUCAGUUACCUUUACCUAGGAAUUUCGCUUAAGAUCUCCAAGGUGAUUAGGCUAGGUAAUAUAAAGGCUGAAUAUAGUACAUCCCGGAUCAGAAUCAUCAGUCUC